GUUUAGUUUGGUUGAACUCCGAGAUGAUCUCUACUGAUGACCACACUCCUCUAGCUCCGAAAGCGAGCAAACUCCGCAGCAGACUCGUCACGCUGCUCAUCUCGACGGCGGUCGCGAUGCUCGUCUUGCUGGUUGUUCUUUCCUUUUUUGUGCCCGACAGUGCCUCGGAAGAAAACAAACCGCAACGACCUAACAUUAUUUUCAUAUUAGCUGAUGAUUUGGGAUGGAACGACGUCGGAUUUCAUGGCAGCAAUCAACUCUCGACCCCUAAUAUUGACGCUCUGGCGUAUUCAGGGACCAUCCUGAACGACUAUUACGUGUCGCCCUUAUGCACACCUUCCAGGUCAGCCCUGAUGACAGGAAAGCAUCCAAUUCACACAGGGAUGCAGCAUGAAGUGAUUUACGGUUUUGAGCCGUGGGGCUUGGGACUGGAAGAAAAACUUCUGCCUGAGUAUUUGAAGGAGUUGCAAUACUCGACGCAUUUGGUGGGCAAAUGGCACUUGGGUCACUUUAAAGAGGAAUACACGCCAACAUACAGAGGAUUUGACUCGCACUUUGGAUUUUGGACCGGGCACCAAGACUAUUACGACCACUACGCCGAAGAAAAUCCUGGUUUUUGGGGUUUCGAUAUGAGACGUGACAUGAACGUGUCGCGGGACACGGUCGGACAAUACACAACAACAGUUUUGACUGAGGAGGCGGUCAAGUUGAUAGAAAAUCACGACACCUCCAACCCAAUGUUCUUGAUGUUCGCGCACGCGGCGCCCCAUGCUGGAAAUCCGAGCAUUCCUCUGCAGGCGCCUGAUGACGUCGUGGCCAUGUUUGACGUGGAAAAUAUUCCUGAUGCGAGGAGACAAAAAUACGCUGCGAUGGUUUGGCUACUGGACCAAUCGGUUGGUGAAGUAAUGCGAGCGCUCAAGAAUAGAAACAUGUUGGAAAACUCGAUUGUCAUAUUUAGCUCCGACAAUGGUGGCGCGGCGGCUAAUUACAACCGUAAUGUGGCGAGUAAUUGGCCUUUGCGCGGAGGAAAGGACACGAUUUGGGAGGGUGGCGUGAAAGCAGCUGCCUUUAUUUGGAGCCCACUUUUGAAUGAAGCCCGAAGGGUCUUCACUGAAAUUUGCAGCAUUCAGGACUGGCUGCCCACUUUGGUCGAAGCAGUGGGUGGUCCGAAGGUGCCGGGAAUCGACGGGAAAAAUAUUUGGCCCGCGCUACACAAUUCGAAACAAAAGACCUACGACGAGAUUCUUAUUCAAAUCGAUGACGCCAGAAAUAUUUCUGCCAUUCGGUACAAAAACUACAAAUAUCUUUCAGGCACAACGUGGGGUGGAAUAUAUGACGUGUCCUUAGGUGCCGAAGGAAGAAAGGGAGAGUACGAUCUGCAAGCAGUACAAAAUAGUAGAGCUGCAAAAGUGAUAAAAGAAACCCGAUGGCCUCUUCCAUCGACGAGUGCAAUAGAAAAUUUGAGGGGAAAAGCAACCGUAAAUUGUGAAAAGGACGACGACGAAUUGAUCUGCAAACCGUCAAAAGGCGAAGAAUGCUUGUUCGAUUUGUCCGUCGACCCGUGCGAAUCAAUCAAUUUGGCUCCAAGCAAUCCUCGCAUCGUGACAAGACUGAAAUAUUUGCUUCAAUUGCACAACGAAUCCGCAGUCGAGCCUCGAAACGCUCCCAGAGAUCCUUUGAGCAAUCCCAAAUUUUGGGAUUAUGUGUGGACAAAUUGGUUGGACUACCCUGCACCACCACACCUCGACUCCCAACUUGUGUUCCCAGAUACUCGAGACAUGGACAUUUUAUGAAUUUGAAAUAAACAAAAAAAUACUGAAAUGUAUUGCACAUAUUUU